CCUUUUCUGAAUUAGCGGCACGUUUUUUCCCAGUGUUGAGGAAGUGGUCCGCACUAGAAGACGUCCAGGAUGUCGGGCUGCAACACAUACGGAUCCAGCUGCGAUGUCAGCGCCGUGGGAGCUAACUGGAUCUGGAUUUAGGAGGAAAUCGGGCUCUUUCUGCUGACGAUUUAAAGUCUCGGCGUGUUUUUGUUUGUUUUCUCUGAUCUCCGGCUGUCCUGAAAGCGGUUGUCAGUGUUUUCAGAGAGCUGCAGGUAGUGAAAUAUUUAUACCGAGCGGACGGUGCAAGCCGUCAGCGCUUCCGUGCUCAGUUUGUCCGACACCUCCAGCUGCAUCAUUACGGGAUUACCUUUUGAGUUUGUCACUCCAGUUUUCCGCAGGAUUUCUGAACAAAGUCAUCAAAAUUCUGAUGCAAGAUGAACUGGGCUCCUGGUACUCAGUGUGUAGCCAAGUGUGACAACAGGAAAGCUAAACCUGGAGAGCUGCUCUACCACAAAGGAGACAUUCUCACUAUAGUUGAUACAAGCACGAGGAAAGGUUUCUAUGCUGCCAGACACAACACCACUGCAGAGGAGGGGCUCAUAAACUCCAGCAAUGUGCGUGAGAGAGAGGCGCUACGAGUCGACCCCGGCCUCAGCCUCAUGCCCUGGUUUCACGGGAAGAUCUCCGGACCGGCUGCGGUGGGAAAGCUGCAGCCGCCUCAGGAUGGCCUCUUCCUGGUGCGAGAGAGCAUACGCCACCCAGGCGACUACGUCCUGUGUGUCAGCUUCUCGAAAGAGGUCUUCCAUUACCGAGUGAUUUACCAAGACAACAAGCUGACCAUCGACAACCAGCAGUACUUCUACAACCUCAUCGAUAUGAUCGAAUUUUACUCAAAGAACAAAGGCUCCCUCGUCACGACUCUGGUGACGCCCAGGAAGAAACAAGGAGCCAAGUCAGCUGAGCAGGAGCUGUCUAAAACUGGGUGGCUUUUGGACAUUACGAAGCUCAUUCUGGGAGAAAACAUUGGAGAAGGAGAAUUUGGUGCUGUUUAUCGGGGGGAGUACAUGGGCCAGAUGGUGGCUGUGAAGAUCAUAAAAUGUGACGUCACAGCUCAGGCAUUCAUGCAGGAAACGGCUGUAAUGACGAAGCUGCAGCAUAAGAACCUGGUGCGGCUGCUGGGAGUCAUCCUUCACAAGGGGCUCCAGAUCGUCACUGAGCUCAUGACCAAGGGAAACCUUGUGAAUUUUCUCAGGACCAGAGGACGAUCAGUCGUUGGCUCCCCUCAGCUGCUGCGCUUUUCCCUUGAUGUGUGUGAAGGGAUGGAGUACCUGGAGUCGAAGAAACUUGUUCACAGAGAUCUGGCAGCGCGAAACGUCCUGAUCUCUGACGACGGCGUGGCGAAGGUCAGCGACUUCGGCCUGGCUAAGGUGGACUCCAAAGAGACGGACAAAGCCAAGCUGCCUAUCAAAUGGACGGCUCCUGAAGCUCUGAAGAAAGAGAAGUUCUCCACAAAGUCAGAUGUUUGGAGUUACGGCGUUCUCCUGUGGGAGAUCUUCGCUUACGGCCGCCAGCCCUACCCUAAGAUGUCUCUGAAGGAAGUGAAGGAGAACGUGGAAGCAGGUUAUCGCAUGGAGGCUCCAGAGGACUGUCCUCCUGGUGUUUACGCCAUAAUGAAGCUCUGCUGGGACCAGGAGCCACGGAAAAGACCUGGCUUCUCCAAACUGAGAGAAAAACUUGAACAAGAACUGAGUAAAAUGAGCCCAAGCUCUGCAGCCGGGUGUCAAGAAGCAGCCAAGACUGGACUGAGGAGCUGAGUUUAAGUCAGUACCCAGCAGCUGUGAAGAACCAGCUCUCGUUUGGUGAAGACACUUGGGAUAAAGACUCUUGAACUAAUUUAAUUCAUGGAUUGGUGAAAUGUCAAAGAGAUGAUGAGGAGGAGCAAACCUACGUGGUUCUGAUGAAUUCAUAAAAAUAUUUAUUUCCUGUGUUUGAGGUUGACACCGUUUGGUCCAAACUGAGUCGUCUCAAAAGCUUCGAUAUAGAUUCUCACUAAAAAAAAGUUAAAAACUUCUCGCUCAGUAGAUGAAAAUAGAUUUUUCUUUAUUUAUAAAGCAGAUUUUAAAUAGCAGGUUUUGACCAAAGCGUAGGUCAUAAAAUUAACAAAAAGAAAGUUUUAUACUGCUUUAUAGUGUUUACUUAUUUACACUGAUAAGAAAAUACAUUUUAUUUGCCUUUUAAUGUGAGUGAUGCAUGGGACCAGAUUAUAGCAAAAAAUGCUAAUUUCCACCUGCAGUCAAUGGAGAGAUGGAUGUAAUCAAGUAUGAUUGAACAGAUUAUGAAUUAGAGAAAAACCAGUGCAGUAAUUACAUCCAUGUCUGAUAAUUUAGUAUUCAUAUCUCACUAAAACCAAACAAACCAAGCUGCAAACCAAAAAGACAAUUCCUAAAAUAUUUUCAGUACCUUCAACGAUGAGCACAAAGCUUUAAAAUCAUUCUUAGAGUUUUCCAGACAACACUUGGACCACACAAAUUACUCACGUUUUUUAUUUUUUUGUACAAUCUCCUCUUCAGUUCAACCUUAUCAGUGAAGACACAUUGUUGAUGUUACCAUUAUAAAAUAGCUUACAAUUAAGUUUUGGCAAAGAUCAAUGUUAUUUUCACACGAGGCGGAGCGUUGUUGUUAGCAGCUGCUGAAAGUAACUAAAAAGUUACUUUUAAUGUAACUUAGUUACUUUCCAAAUCAAGUAGUCAGUAAUAUAACUAAGUUACUUUUUCAAGGAGUAAUCAGUAGUCCGAUUAAAGUUACUUUUUCAAAGUAACUAUGCCAACACUGAAUGUAACACAAGACAACACAGAUGGUCCAAACACUUCAAAAACAAUUACUACACCAAGCAACUUUACUCCUUAUCUCUCACUAAUAAUCUCUAGUGCCUUAUUUUCAGUCCAAGCUGAACCUAUUUUUUGUUCAGUUGCUGAUUAAGUCGCUGCAGGGUUUUAAUUCACUGCCAUACCUCACUCUGUCUGAGAAGAUUAGGUAAAUGACAGCGAUCCGGCAGCUGGGAUGAUGUGUAUGAAUUACUCUGUGCAUUUGUAAUUUAAAAUAAAAGGUAAUCUUCAGGUCUGAAACCCAGUAUUUCCUAGUGAGGUGGUCCUUUAGAGCCACUGCUACACACCAAAUCUUCAAGGAGAACAGCAGUCAGUCCAAGGCUAUUCAAACCUCUUCUCCAACGUCUUGGUGCAAAUUUUCCUCUUGACAAAACAACGUAGAUCCACAUAAACUGUAACGACAAAAAUUAUCACACAACGCCUCAAUGUGGGUGUUCCUGUUUUAUCAGAAGCAUUUUGCUUUUGCUGUUUAGUGACUACAUGUAAAUAGUUUGUGUACAAAUGCAACCAAAUCAUGUUGCUGUCUCGAUUUAUUUACACUGUUAUGAUUUUAUUGCCACAAAUUAAAGGAUGUAAUGUGUGGGUUUCAAACGUUGAUAAAUCUAAAUCUUA